AUGCCCAUCAACCCGCCCGCCGGCUAUCACUCGCCGCGCUUCCCGUCGCUCAACGUCCGCGCGCUCACCGACCCGACGUGGGACCGCGAGUUCACGCUCUACUACAUCAAGGAUGUUUGGAAGUUCACCGUCACCUGGACGCUCAUCACCUAUGCGCUCUUCCACCUCGGCGCCGUGGUCGUGGCCCUGCUCACCCACCGCUGGAAGAAGUCGUCGCUGACGUACAUGUGGGCCGUGCCGCUCGUGUACCUCGUCACCGCGGGACUCGAGGCGCUCCUGGCCGGGAGCGUCGUUGGACUCAUGUUGGGCGCCGUGUACCACGCCGGAUACUACGAGAUGAACACUUGGAUACCGUGCACGUGGGGAUUCAUCAACGCGCUGAUACUCAUCAUCUCGUCGUUCUCGAUCCAGGGUGGGCUUUGA